AUGCCCGAGUUGGGUGAAAAACAAGCCAAGCGUGCUUGGCCAAUCCCCAAGCGCGCGUGGCACACCCUAAAGCCAUUUUGGCACCCUCUCAACCCCUGCUUGGCACAUGCCAAAGCUGGCUUGGCCGAGCCCAAGCGAGGGUGCCACCCGUGCCAGCGCGCUUUUAGCGGAAAAAGCGGCCAAAAACCGCUAAAAAGCGCUGUAGCGCAGCGUAGUGGGCCCUUUUUUGCGGCCCACACGCGUAGCGUUAGCGGUGUCGUGGCGGAAUCCCGCUACGCUACGCUAAAGUUGUGUGGAAUUCCGCUACGUUACGCUGCGCUAACCGCUACGGUUAGCGUAGCUGGCCCAGCGUUGCCCGCGCCAAAACCACCCACCACCUCGAUCCUCAACCCUCACUUCUCACUCCUCUCUUCCUAG